AUGGCGAAAACCAUUCAUCUCUCUUGUCUUCUUUUCAUCUUCCUUUCCCUGUUCAUCAAUGUCUCUUUCUCUUUGGAACUAUCACACCAACUUCCUCCAUCUACGUCUCCUGUAAAUUCUCCUCCACUACCAUCUCCUACUCCAUUCCCUAAUGCUCCAGCCAGUUCUCCGGCCGAAUCUCCUCUCCAUUCUCCUCCUGCGCCUCCUCCUUCAGAUCUCCCUCCCACUCCAUCUCCAGCGCCUGUUCUUUCUCCCGCACCCACUCCUUCUCAUUCUCUAGCGGCCGAUAGUGAUUCCGGUAAUAUUACUUCCGGUGGCGGUGGAGAAGACUCCGAAGUCUCUAAAGGCGGGAUGAAUGGAGGAAAGAAGGCUGGAAUUGCAGUUGGAGUGAUUGCGGCACUGUGUUUUGUUGGAAUUGGAGGAUUUGUGUACAAGAAGCGUCAGGAUAACAUUCGUCGAUCUCAGUACGGGAGUGCUGCUAGGUCUUCGUUUUUGUGAGUUAUUUGGAAUUGAAUGGCCAUGGUACGGAAAUCUCUGCUUAAUUAGAAACGGAUAGCAGUUCUAUUGAUUAAACAGCAUUAUCGUUUUAUUUUGACUGCGUAGUUUCGUAAACUCGUUUUAUUAGAAACGGAUAGCAGUCCUAUUGUUUAGGAGGAGGUUGUUAGUAGCAUUUCGAUUUAUUAGAUGAUUUUGAGUAGUAGUGUGAUUACUUUUCCAUACGAUAGUUCUUAGCUUCUUGCUCAAUCAGUUCGGCAUUGCCGAUUUCUUUGUCAUUCUGCUUUGUUUCCAAACAUUUCUUUACUAUAUAUAGUGUAUCUUCUGCCUGCCUCA